GUUCACAAGACGUCCAGGAGUUCACUAGGAGGAGCCAGUGACACUUUAAAAAGACUCAGACAGUGGAGGAGACCUCACUUUCCUGCUGAAGGCUGGAGAACAGCACCACUAUCAGCACCGUCAGCAUACUCUUCUGAGAACACACCUUGACGAUGGGAUGCUGUGCCACUAAAUCCUCCUCCAGAGAAACACUUGAGUUUGCUGAUAAAUCCUCCUGCUGUGAAAAACUUGUGUUUGCUGAUAAAAAAUAUGACUUCAGAAUUCCAGCUCUUCUUUACUUUAAAGAAUGGAACACAUUCCUGGCAUUUGCAGAGAAGCGCACCUCUACCAACGAUGCACACGCAAUGAAUCUGGUGAUGAGUAAAGGCACGCGGGACAGCGGCUCACUGAAGUGGUCUCCCACCGAGGAUGUGAAGGAGGCGGCCAAAGAUGGCUACCGCACCAUGAACCCCUGUCCAGUCUUUGAGAGGAACUCAACAGGAACAGGAGGAGGAACACUGUUUCUGUUCUUCAUCUGCAUCAAGGGUAAAACUCCGGAACGGAAGCUCAAGCCAGGCCAGACUCGUUUAUGCUACGUCACCAGCACAGACUUAGGGGUGACGUGGAGCGAUUUAACAGACUUAACGGAAAGUGUCAACUUUACCAAUUACCAAACCUUCGCUGUGGGACCGGGCCACGGGAUCCAGCUGAGCAGCGGCACACUGCUCGUGCCUGCCUAUGUGAAGGAGGUGGAGGGCUGUAGGCAAUGCCAGAGCUGCUGGUGCUGCUGUGGCAACAGUGAGUAUGUGAGCGCCCAUGCUGUGGUGCUGCGCAGCGAGGACCUGAACACCUGGAAGGCAGGCCAGCCCAUCGCCCUGGAGUCCCUGGAGUGCCAGUUGGCUGAGGUGUCUGACGGGAAGGGUGGUACACAGGUGUAUCUGAACGCUCGCAGCAUCGGAGCACCGGAGCCACGGGUAGAGGCCCUGAGUAACGAUGGCGGGGCAAGUUUUACCCGGCUUAACCAGCUAACGCUAAAGGAGAGGCCUCACGGCUGCCAGGGGAGUGUGUUGGGGUUCCCCGCCAGUGACAUACCAGCAGGAGGAGGGGGAUCCUCAGAGACGGCUCUGCUCUUCAGCCAUCCGACCAAAGGGGAGGACUGGAACAGGCUGGACCUAGGGGUCUACCUGAGGAAGUCUCUCCAGGACGACGACCCCUGGGGUAUACCCCACAUCAUCCACAAGGGGCCCAGUGGCUACUCAGACCUCACUGGCUGUGAGGAGGAGCGUCAGUUUGGUUGUCUGAUGGAGUGUGGCCAUGGGGAACGUCUUCAGAUUGUCUUCAAAGAGAUCAAUCAUUCAGAUGUAGACAGAGGGGAAGCUGUGUGAAGCCAUUGCUCUGUGACUGACCACAGACCCACCACAGACACAUAGAGGAACAAGCUUUUAAAUAAUAGUAAAUAAUAUAUCAAAUAUAUAUGUAAAUAAUAAUAAUAGUAAAUAGUGGGGUUAAAUGUUUUCAUCACUUAAAUGUAUUCAUAUUUAUAUGUGAAUCAGGAAUUACAUUUGUGAAUCGCGUGACAUAUUUCUGAAUUUUGAAACUAUUUUAACUCCAGUUACAGUCGUUUGAUAAUGUUGAAUGACAUGUGAAAAUGUAAUGUGAUGUGUUGUAGAUGUAGUCUGAUUAAUUCUGCUGUUUGAUUAUUUCUGAGAGGCUGAUGUUCUUUCCUGUGACUUGACCGUGAUGUCAUAUCCCAACUCUCAUGUUUCCAUUUCAUUAGAUCAGCUGUAAACAUAAUAAAUAGUUUAUUUGAUUUUUGAUUUGAAUUUAUUUUUGUUUAAAAGUAAUAAAUACUGUAAGUGUUUAUAUCCAG